ACAGUUGUAAUUUAAUUAUUGAAUAUAGAUGUCACUGAGUGUAGAUGUCGUACAUAUGUAUGACACCCACAUUAUUAUUAUCAAUAAACAAAAAGCACCUAAAUCUUCAUGAUCUAGACCAUCUAGACAACACAUGUUGUAAUAUACAUAAUAAAAAAUAAAUAAAUAAUUAUUAAUUUUAUUCAUUCUUUGAAGAAGAUAAAAAAAAAAAAAUCAUAUAAUUAAAAUAAUGACCGAAUCAUUUCGUGAACCAGCAUUAUUUGUUGGAGAUAUUGAUGAGGAAAUUGAUUUCUCAAAGCCUCCAAACUCUGGUGAAGAAUACAUAAAGCGUGUCGUAGUCGAAGCAAAGCAGUGUGAUGAUAUUGUCGUAGCAAAUAUUGAUAGUAAAAAAUUAAAGAAACCUACUGUUGAUGUUGAACAUUUGGCAGGAUGUGUUGAAGCUCCAGAAACGUUAUGUCCAACAUUGGAGUGGCAAAAUUGCCAGGUUGCUGAUUUUUCAAAGCUGAGACUUAAUGUAGCUGGACUUAAAAUUGAAAGGGAGAAUUGCAGGAGUAAAAAAAAAUCAAUAUCAGUGCUUCCAGACGCUGAUGAUCAAACAGACUGGAUUAAUUUUUGUCUUGGAUCGGCUGACCAAGACCCUCAUGUUCCAACACUAGAUAUUAUUUUUUCAAUGAACCAACCUUUAGUUGAACAAGUACUAGAGUAUCUUGUAGAACAAGUAGAUACUAAAGGUCUUAGCUCUGAAUUAGGACGUUGGAUCUAUGCCUUGCUGAGUGUCUUAGAAAUUCCAUUGAACCCUGAUAUCUGUUCAUGUUUAAGGACAUUAGCACGGGCUUGUUCACGUGCUCGAGCUAAUUUAGCUUCUAGUGAUGACAGUAUAGUAUCAACUAUGAAUCUUUUUAUCUGUCUAGUAGCAAGAUAUUUCAGACAAUUAGAUUUAGCUGAUCCUUAAUAAUAAAAUACUGAAAAUUAAAUGUAAAAUAAUUUUUUAUUUUUCAUACAUGUUUUUUAAUAAA